GGGCCCGGCAAUGGAAAUUUUCUUUCGUAAAAAGCAAAAAAGUCUUCCCGCCUCAUGCAACACAUGUGAUGUAUGCAAGUUCUCUCAACAUCAUCCUGACGAUUUGGAACCACCGUAGCAAUCAUACUACGCGUGUGUGACUCGUUGAAGUAGUCACUUAUUUUCGUUCAUUCGUGCUUCCUAUGCUGUUUUUGUCUGUACUUUCUGCGUUGUGUUGGUGCUUUGUUGACAACAUCGGUGAUGGUUGGGAAUCCGAAUAGGGAUGGUUGUUUCCAAUGUGGCUCAAUGCAUCACUGGGUUCGAGAAUGCCCGCAUCGGGGCCCUGGCUUUCGCCCACCUGCCACGGGCGCCAACGUUGUUCCGACUGGGCCUCCGAUUCUGGCGUUGCCUGCUCCGAGCCCCUCUGCUACGGGUUUGGCUUCUAAUAACGCUGCCUCCUCCUCUUCCUAUGGUCCGUCCUCUUCUAACUUUAGAACUGGUAAUACUGUGGAGGCUGGCAAUCGUUACCAGGCUCGUCCUAACUGGUGGGUGCGUAAUCAGGAAAGGCUCGAUAAGGUCUAUGUUAAAUACGUGGAAGAUACUGAACGGGAAGCCAAGAAGGAGGAGGAGGAAGCUAGAGAGAAGGCCAAAAGAGAAGAGGAGGAGAAAUUGGAAGCAUGGAAAAUGGAGCGUGAGAAGUUUGAGGCGGCAAUGGGUGAGCGAUUAGAGAAGAGGUUGGAGGCGUUAGGUAUUGGUAAAGGGAAAUCAGUGGAAGCGGUCAGCGGGGACUCUACUAUGGAGGAUGUCGCUAAACUACGAAAGGAGAAUGAAGACUUGAAGCGCAAGUUGAGUGAAGCACUGUGCCUUGUUGGUGAUGAUCGAGUUAUGUACUUGCAGAACGAAAUCAUGGAGCUGCGUCGCAAGGUUGGUGAGAAGCAGUUCAAUGAGGAUGUGAUUGCUGCCUUGAAGACCGAGAUUUGUGAGCUUAAGCAGUCAUCCUUUAUGAAGACCAAUUUCGAACAAGAAAUUGCGGGGUUAAGGAAGGAAGUCAAUCUUCUGCGGGAUCAAAAUGAGCGUGCUGUUCUGAAAAUUGAGCAAUGGAAGGAAGAAGCCCUUCAUCCGUGCAACAAGCGGGACAGUGUGGUAUUGCAGACACUGAAUGUUUCCAAUCGAGGUUCACCUAAACCACGAUGGACGGAUAAUGUAAGGGAGGAAGAUAAAUGGAAAGCUGAAUAUAGGAAUCUUCAGAGUCUGCAUCGUCUGGCCAACAUUGAAGCCGAGGCGCUGAAGGAAAAGUGGGCUAAAGCGGAAGCUCGUCGAAUGGAGGCAGAAAAGCAAGUCAAGGUUUUGGAGGAGAAGAUGGGACAGUUGAUGGCUAGUGGGGAGAAAGGUAAUGGGAAGACGGUCGUCAGUCGGGGGUACGAAUCUCAAAGAUCGCCUUGAGGAAGUCGCUCUUCGUUCAGCUAGGAAAGGAGUCAAAGCAACUCCUGGAAGGACUGAAACCAGAGCUACUUCUGCGUCCGUGCACUUGGAAAAGGAGUCAACGCCAAAGCAGGCGACCACGCUUACCAACGAUCGUGCCGAAUUUGUCGAAGAACAAAAGCGGCAGUUGCGA